AUGAUAACUGACGCGCUAGACAAAUAUGAUGCUGACAAAACAGGAAAAGUUGAUUAUGCACUCGAAAGUGCUGGGGCGUCUGUUAUUAGUACACGUUGUACUGAACCAUAUAAGGAAAAUUCGCGAUUAGAAUCAAUUUUUGGUAUUCCACUUUGGUACUCCUCAUAUUCACCAAGGGCUGUUAUUCAGUAUCGUCCAUUAGCAGCUGGAGAAUGCUGGGCUUUUCGUGGCAAAGGAUAUCUAACAAUACAGUUAUCACAUCCAAUUUAUAUUACAGAAGUAAGUUAUGAACAUCUACAUGCAACAUUGCACCCAGAAGGAGUCUUAAGAAGUGCACCAAAAUUUUUCCGAGUCUUUGUAAUUAAUGAUUUCAAAUCAAAAUUUUUGAUUGGCGAAUACGAAUACGAUAUCAGUGGAAGAGCUUUACAAACCUUCAGAACACAGGUUCAUUGUUUUAAUACCACAUCAGAGUUCCUUAAUUGGAUGAACUAUGGAACUUUAUUCAACUUUAGUAAACUUUUGCAAGUGUUAUUUCUAAUUACAUCUCUGAAUCACUGUAGUGUUUUAACGUCACCGCUUGUGAGUAAAAAAUAA